ACAAUGCAAUCAGUACAUUUCAUUUCGGUUUGCCUGUAACAGAGAGAAUGGUUGCCAGAUUGGUUACCAUUUUCAUCAAUUUUAUUAGUUUUAAACCAGAAGUAAAAUAAGUGAUUUCCUGAUGCGCCUAUUUGACUUGCGCGAGCCAUUGGAUCUUGAAGGGGUGAGCUACCGUAGAAUAAAAAUCAACGGAGAAAAAUCUUGUCUAUUUUCCUUCAAAACAUAUACAAAUAACAUUGUAAUUAUAGACGCGGCUAAACCGAAACUGAACCCUCUGUUGCAGAGAUAACGAAUGUUAGGCAAGCGAAUCGUCUAUUUAAGUUGAUUUACGCUCUUUAAAAAAUUAUUUAGGUCCACCAUUAACAGCCUCCCACUUUGUCCAAAUAGUUUAGUUGAUAUAAAUGGUUAAAGAUCAGCUACUGAACGGAUUUCUAGAGUCAAUAAACGUUCAACCAAACAUGCAUCAGGACUUUUCUGUACUAACUGACACCUGUCGGAAUUCGAAGAUGGAUUUGCUCGAGCACUCCCCCAACGCCAUCAACAGUUGGAACCCCUCGAAAGCCGAUCAGAGUCCUGUGAAAAUGCAGAUAUCCAGCAGUCCGUUCAUCCCCACCAUCAAUGCCAUCACCUCCAGUCAGGAGCUGCAGUGGAUGGUUCAGCCUGCAGUCCUAGCAUCCAUGCCAGGGUCAUGCCUGCGUCCUCUCCCCUACGAAUCACUGGAAAGGAACAAUGUAGGACCCCUGAGGCACUCACGCCAAGGGGUCAUCCGGACUGUCGGCAACACACACAGGCAAAGCAGACACCAUCAUCAGCUCGACUCAGAUGAGGAGGAAAAGAGGAGACUGAGGCGGGAGAGGAACAAGCUGGCCGCUGCCAAGUGUCGCAACCGAAGGAGAGAGCUGACCGACCAACUCCAAGAAGAGACGGAGGAGCUGGAGCGGGAGCAGGCUGGCCUCCAGACCCAAGUGGAGAAACUUCAGGAGGAGCGACACAAGCUGGAGCUCAUGCUCGUGUCCCACACCUCUGAGUGCCGGCUCCUCUGUGACCACCAGCCUCAGGCCCCAUCAGCCACUCCUUCACCCAUGACCAUGCUCCCCUCGGAGGCCUCACCCCACCCCCACAGCCCCCCGAGGGUGAAACAGGAGCCUGCAGAGGAGAUGCAGGCGUUUUCCCUGCAACACAAACACUCCACCGAUGAUUCCCCCUACCACCAUAACCACCAUGCUGGGGAGUACUGUCCCAGUGUGGACUGUUUCAGCAGCUCCCGCCUGGCUGACUGCAGCCCAAGCCAGGUCAUGGAUCUCUCCAGCCCCAUGAUUCCCCACCCCAGCCUAGGAGGACAGGCAAGAGACGGGGCCUCGCCCAGGGAAGGCACCCUCUCCAAAGACAUGCUCUCCAAGCUCCAUCCCACCCACAGUGCCAUGUCUCUGGAUGAUGGGGGUGUGGGUCCUCUCUUCUCCCCCACUUUGCUGACUCUUUGAGGGGAUACUGUGCUUACUCUAACCUCUCUAUUGUACAUUGGACUCUUUUGAAUGUCAUGGGUCAAUGUAACUGUUUCCCACUUGGGGGGGAUCUAUCUGUACAUAUUUUACUCAUCAGCAACAAACACCUUUAAAUUCUAGGCAAAGGAUCUUAUUUUGCUAAUAGAGUAGUAGUUGUAUUCAAUAAACACUAGAUGGUGCUGCGAAAUACUGGCUGAGCACAAACAUUUAGAUGACGCAUUAUACUGACACUCAUAUAUUUAAAUACCUUGACUGCAUUGUGUUUUUUUUAUGUCAGUUUUAUGGUGUCUGUAAACUCCAGUAUUGCUUGGUAGGAGUGAAAAUUGACUUUUUUCAGAGGAUUUCAACUUCAUAAUAGCAAUAGGAUAACACAGCAUCACAAUACCCAUCCACUGCACUGUGUACAAUUGUGUAAACAGCAAUACACAGAGAUCAUGAAUUAUUGAUGAACAUCAUCAAUUAAUAUGGCAAGAAUAUGAUUGAAUCAUUUGUAUGCAUAUAUAUAGGCAAUACAGUAAAUUCUUAGGAAGAAAUCUUUUUGAGAGAUACUAAGAGGAAAGUAAUUUUUUUCAUGCUAAUUGUUGUCAAAAUAUCUAGAUUUUUGAGUGAUAAAAAGAUUAUGUAAGAUGGACAUUGAGUGUGCAGCAAUAGCCCAUUCUCAUGUUUCUAAAUAAAGAGGCGAAGAAGUGUA